CCUUCAACAAGUGAACUACAGACUUCAACAAGUGAGACACAGCCUUCAACAAGUGAACACAACCUUCAACAAAAACGAACCACAGCAACUAACAAGUGAACCACAGCCUUCACCAAGUGAACCACAACCUUCAACAAGUGAGAACCACAACCUUCAACAAAACCUGACCCCAGCUUCAACAACAAGAGUGAACCACAGCCUUCAACAAGUGACACAGCAGCCAACAAGUGAACCACAACCUUCAACAAAAGUGAACUACAGCCUUCAACAAGUGAACCACAGCCUUCAACAAAUUGAACCACGGCCUUCAACAGAGUGGGACCACAGCCUUCAACAAAAUUGGACCACGGUAUUCAGCAAGGUGGAAAUGCAGUAUUCUGACAAGGUGGACCACGGUAUUCAACAGGUGGACCACAGUGACAAACAGGUGGACCACGGUAUUCUGCCAGAGUGGACCACGGUGACCCCACCAGGUGGACCACCGAGUGGACCACGGUAUUCUGACAAGGUGGACCACGGUAUUCUGACAAAUUGGACCACGGUAUUCCCGACAAGUCAGACCACACAGCCUUCAACAAAUGAGCGCAACCUUCAACAAGUGAACCACGGCCACCAGAGUGAACCACAGCCUUCAACAACAACCUUCAACAAAGUGAACCACAGCAGCCAACAAGUGAACCACAGCCCACCAAGUGAACCACAACCUUCACCAAGUGAACCACAACCUUCACCAAGUGAACCACAGCCUUCAACAAGUGAACCACAACCUUCAACAAAUGAACCACAGCCUCCAACAAGUAAACCACAACUUCAACAAGUGAACCACAGCCUUCAACAAGUGAACCUGGCCAACUACCAAGUGAACCACAGCACUUCAACAAGUGAACCACAGCAGCCUUCAACAAAUGAACCACAGCCUUCAACAAAAGUGAACCACAACUUCAACAACCUUCAACAAGUGAAGACCACGGCCUUCAACAAAUUGAAGCACAGCCUUCAACAAAUUGGAUACACAGACUUCAACAAGAGUGAACCACAGCCUCCAACAAGUGAGACCACAGCACAACAAGUGAACCACAGCCCAACAAGUGAACCACCGGCCUCCAACAAAUUGAACCACAACUAUUCAACAAGUGAACCACAACCUUCAACAAGUAGACACAGCCUUCACCAAGAGUGA